UUCUUCUGUCUUCUCUCUCUCUAUGCACGACUUACAAAGUGAACAAAAACGGUAAUGGAAGAAGCAGAAUCAGUAGAAAGAGGGAGAGAGAGGAGAACCCAAUUCAGAGGAACCUGUUAAGUGAGGCGGGGAAAAAAGGAAAAGAAAAGGAAAAGGAAAUUAACCCUUUUUAUAUGUUUUAUAAGUGCAAACAUAUAUAAUAUAGCAGUUGUAGUUGUUGCAGAGGCACUCUGUUUAGCAGACAAGCCAUUCAUAGUUUUUAUGCUCUUUCUCUCUCUAUCAGACUAUCUCUCUUAUUUUUCUCUUCCCUCCUCAUCACUGUCUCAGACACGCACGUUCUGCUGUGCAGUUACUUAAGGUUCCCUUCUGGAGAUACCAACGUAUAUCUUCUCAUUCUGCUUCGUUUGUUCCUUCCCUGAAAUUCUCUCUCUAUAUCUCCGCUCUCCAAUGUUUAUUUCUUGAACUUGUCUGCCAAAAAUGGUUGAGGAGUCCUUACAAGCAGUGCCCUCCUACAGAACUGUUGAACAGGUUUAAAAGUGAGGGAUGAUGAUUAGCCUUUCCAAGAUAAUGUUGCAUUUGAUGCUCUAUUAUCAUUCUCUUUUAAUAAUCACACUCACUGAAUUGGGAUUUCUGUCAUGGAUUUCACAGAGUUGCCUGUUCUUUCACAUUCUUGCACUUUUAGCUUUGAAGAAGGGUGCACAUCUUUUGAAGUGUGGAAGAAGAGGGAAGCCCAAGUUCUGUCCUUUUAGGCUUUCUACGGAUGAGAAAUAUUUGAUCUGGUAUUCUGGACAGGAGGAAAAGCAAUUGAGAUUGAGCUCAAUUAUGAAGAUUAUUUCUGGUCAGAGGACUUUCAAUUUUCAAAGGCAACUUCAACCAGAUAAGGUGCAUCAGUCAUUCUCACUAAUCUAUGCUAACGGUGAACGCUCAUUAGAUCUGAUAUGCAAGGACAAAGAGCAGGCUGAUUCUUGGUUUAUAGGCUUAAGAGCUGUUAUAUCCAGGUGUCAACGUCAUAGGCCUUUUACUGGUCUCAAGAGCCACACAGGGGCACUUAGUUGUGUCAAUAGUCCAGCUGGUUAUAUUAGAAGAAAGCAUAAUCUGGGAAUUCUGCAGGAUGCAUCAGAACUUUCGCAGGUGCGCAGCUUAUGUGGAAGUCCUACUCUGUCACUGUCGGAGAGGUGUUUUUCUGAUGGUUUAUCGCUUUCUUCUGAUAGCUUUUUUAUAUCGGAAUCAAGUCUUCAACAGAUGCAGAAUGCAGUGGAUGUCCUUGUUCCAAAUUCACCAUAUGUCGAGCCAAAUCUCAAGUAUGCUUGCUCUGAACUUCAAAAAGAAAUGUCCCAUAGGUUUGUUGCCCCAACAUGCAGAUCUGCACGGAUGGGGAAAAGUGACAUCCUGAAGGAUGUUCUGAUAUGGGGGGAAGGUGUGGAAGGAGGAAAUAUAGGGGGUAACCACAAUGGGAUGCAAGUUGAUGCAUUAAUGCCAAAAUUAUUGGAAUCCACAGUAAUGCUAGAUGUACAAAAUAUAUCUUUAGGAGGAAAACAUGCUGCCUUGGUCAACAAAAGAGGUGAAGCUUUCUGCUGGGGUGAUGGAAGUGGGGGAAAGCUUGGACAUAAAGUUAACAUGGAUUUGAGCUACCCAAAAGUUGUUGAAUCCCUGGAUGGUGUCCAUAUAAAAGCUGUUGUCUGUGGUGAAUAUCAAACAUGUGCUCUGACACAUUCUGGUGAACUAUACAUGUGGGGUGACGACAAAAGUGGUGCUAAUUUGGUUGAUGAGACAAGAACCAGAAGCCAGUGGUUACCAUAUAAACUUUCUGGCUCUUUUGAUGGUAUAACUGUAUCAAAAGUUGCUUGUGGGGAAUGGCAUACAGCAAUUGUGUCCUCAUCUGGACAAUUAUUUACAUAUGGAGAUGGAACUUUUGGAGUACUUGGGCAUGGGAAUCUUCAAAGUGUAUAUUAUCCCAAGGAAGUUGAAUCUCUAAGAGGUUUACGGGUAAAAUCUGUUGCUUGCGGAUCAUGGCACACUGCUGCAAUUGUGGACAUUGUUGCUGACCGCUUCAAGUUUAAUGCUGUUGGUGGGAAACUAUUUACAUGGGGAGAUGGUGAUAAAGGAAGACUUGGGCAUAUUGAUCUGGGGAAAAAACUUGUACCAACAUGUGUUGCACAACUUGUGGAAUAUGAUUUUGUCCAAGUUUCCUGUGGAAGGGUGCUUACUGUUUCACUUACCAAUACAGGUAAGAUCUAUACAAUGGGAAGCUCAGUGUAUGGUCUGUUAGGGAAUUCUCAGGCUAAGGAUAAAUCGAUCACAAUUGUUGAAGGAAAGCUUAAAGAGGAGUUUGUUAAGGAGAUAUCAUCAGGAUCAUAUCAUGUAGCUGCCUUGACAUCAGGGGGACAUGUAUAUACUUGGGGAAAAGGCACAAAUGGGCAGUUAGGACUAGGAAACACAGAAGAUAGAAACUCACCAACUUUUGUCGAGGCUUUGAGAAACAGGCAGGUUGAAAGUGUAGCUUGUGGAUCAAAUUUAACUGCAGUAAUCUGUCUGCACAAAUCUAUCUCUGUUACUGAUCAAUCCGCUUGUAGUGGUUGUAGGAUGCCCUUUGGAUUUACAAGGAAAAAACAUAAUUGUUAUAAUUGUGGUCUUUUGUUCUGCCAUACAUGUAGCAGCAGGAAGCUCAUAAAUGCAUCUUUGGCUCCUAAUAAAAACAAGCCUUCUCGUGUCUGUGAUUCAUGUUUUAAUCAUCUACAGAAAGCUACGGUUUCAGGUAGAAUAUUGAAACUGGAAAAUCAUUGUGCAAAGCAGAAGUUAUCCUCCAAUAAGAUGUUAUCUGAUGAGAAAGAAGGCAGGGGGAAAGCAACCCCAGCAGGAAGUCAUAUACCGUCAAUGAGCCAAUUAUAUGAUCUCGAUGGCCAAGCUGUUCAGAAGAAGACUCUUAAAAACCAAGGGGAAAAGGAGCAGCAUUUAUUUGUCUCUUCAUUUUCAGCUGGAUUGCCACAGUGGGGGCAAGUCUCAUGCCCUGCUGUGUUUGAAUCAUACUAUAGUGAGAAUUCAGUUCCGACGUUGGAUUCAGGAUCAACUGUUUCCAGUGUCAUAAAUAUAGAUGAAGGCAUGUUUGAGGCAAACAAGAUGCUUGCUGAAGAAGUUCAGAGGCUAAGAGCAGAGGCUAGGAGUCUUGAAGUGCAAUGUGAAAUUGGAACCCAGAAGAUUCGAGAAUGUCAAGAAAAUAUAGAGAAAACUUGGUCUCUGGCCAGAGAGGAAGUAGCUAAGCGUAAAGCAGCAAAUGAGAUUAUAAAAGCUUUGGCAUUAAGGCUUCAUGCAAUGUCAGAGAAAAUAUCUGCUGGAAAAGAAGCAAAAGGUAGAGUUGAUCUGAACACUAGUUCUCAGAACACACAGGCAUAUACAAAUAGCCCUACUGUGAGUCCACGGCCUCCACUGGCUUUGUUUCAUUUGCCCUCUGAAGUAAAAUUACCUAAAGAUGGACAAAUAGAUAGUUUAUCAAGCUCUCCUAUUGUGUUCUCUAAUACAUUAAAGUCGCUGGACGCCAGAGGGUUGUUCCAAGAAAAUGGCAAAUCAGAUGAUGAUUCCCAUGUCCCAAGAAUAGACUCUAGGCAAAAUGGAAUGAAAGGCUCAAGGCAUGAAUGGGUAGAACAAUAUGAACCUGGUGUAUAUAUCACAUUCACAACUUUGCCAGGUGGGCAAAGGGGGCUAAAGCGAGUCAGAUUUAGCCGGAAACGAUUUGCUGAGAAAGAAGCACAGCGAUGGUGGGAGGAGAAUCAAGUUACAGUAUACCAGAAGUAUGGCAUUGAAGGAUAUGUCAACUCAAACCAAAAUCAGAAAAAAAGCUAAAUUUGAGUUAUCCUUUCAUGCAUUCACAUUGCUUCUCACAUAGAAACGAGCUGAAACUUGCACAUUCGCCGCAUAUAUAACAAUUCCAGGCUAUGGAAGUUGCAGGUUACAAUUCGGGAAUAGGUAUGUUGUCUGUUGUUGCGAUGAAUGUUUCAUCUACGUCUGGCACCCCAUCUCAAGAUUACAGUUAGUUGAGAGGUGGAAGUUAUUUUCUUGUAAUGUACUUGAAACUUCAUGCUUGUUCAUAUAGUCCUUGAUUGCCCAAGGCAUCUACAUAUAGUUACCAAUAAAAGAAAGGUUCUAAAUGAUGCAUUUCAUUUUCA